AUGCGGGCUUCGUCCUUGCUAGGUACGAGGGAAAAACCCUAUAUUGCCUUGAAGAAAUGCCCUCAACGCAAGGCCGGGCUUCCGAUCCUUCGCGAGUGCCUCAGAGGCUACAAUGGGACCAUCCUGGCCUACGGCCAGACGGGCAGUGGCAAAACGUACACGCUCCUGGACGACUCCGGGCUUCUUCCCCGCCUUGCUUCGGCACUCUUCGAUCCUUCGUCGCUCACAGAGACGCGAGAACGGGCGGCCUUGAUUUUCCCCGCAAGCCCGGAAAUCAUGUCUCUCAGCAUCCUCUCUCGUCGUGCUGCAGCUCCUCUCGUCGCGCCCCGCUUUGCCGUGGCUGCCCGGCGUGGAUACCACGAGGUCGUGCACGACCACUUCAACAACCCCCGCAAUGUGGGCACCCUGGACAAGGAGGACAAGAGCGUCGGGUCUGCCCUGGUCGGCAAGGCGUCCUGUGGUGAUGUGAUCAAGCUCCAGGUGAAGGUGGGCAAGGACGGCACCAUCGAGGAUGCCAAGUUCAAGACCUUCGGCUGUGGCUCAGCUAUCGCUAGCUCCUCCUAUGCCACGGAGAUGAUCAUCGGACAGAACAUCACGGAGGCGUCGAAGAUCAAGAAUACCGACAUCUCUUCGCACCUGAAGCUGCCGCCAGUAAAGAUCCACUGCUCGGUUCUGGCCGAGGAGGCUAUCCAGGCAGCCAUCGCCGACUACAAGACCAAGAACACCUCUGAGGUUUGGAAAUUGUACAGGAAGCUUUCCACCGACUGCGCCGUUGUGGAUUGCCCUUCGCCACGACUCAAGUUGAUCAUUCAGUUCAACCGGGCGGCCUUGAUUUUUCCCGCAAGCCCGGAAAUCAUGUCUCUCAGCAUCCUCUCUCGUCGCGCUGCAGCUCCUCUCGUCGCGCCCCGCUUUGCCGUGGCUGCCCGGCGUGGAUACCACGAGGUCGUGCACGACCACUUCAACAACCCCCGCAAUGUGGGCACCCUGGACAAGGAGGACAAGAGCGUCGGGUCUGCCCUGGUCGGCAAGGCGUCCUGUGGUGAUGUGAUCAAGCUCCAGGUGAAGGUGGGCAAAGACGGCACCAUCGAGGAUGCCAAGUUCAAGACCUUCGGCUGUGGCUCAGCUAUCGCUAGCUCCUCCUAUGCCACGGAGAUGAUCAUCGGACAGAACAUCACGGAGGCGUCGAAGAUCAAGAAUACCGACAUCUCUUCGCACCUGAAGCUGCCGCCAGUAAAGAUCCACUGCUCUGUUCUGGCCGAGGAGGCUAUCCAGGCAGCCAUCGCCGACUACAAGACCAAGAACACCUCUGAGGUUUGGAAAUUGUACAGGAAGCUUUCCACCGACUGCGCCGUUGUGGAUUGCCCUUCGCCACGACUCAAGUUGAUCAUUCAGUUCAACCGACGGGUUGUCAAGCCGCAAGUGAUAGCUGAUAGCGAGUGCUUGAGGAAAAUCCAAAGCGACAGCAUGCACGGGCUUCUGAUCAGGGGCGGCCUUGAUUUUCCCGCAAGCCCGGAAAUCAUGUCUCUCAGCAUCCUCUCUCGUCGCGCUGCAGCUCCUCUCGUCGCGCCCCGCUUUGCCGUGGCUGCCCGGCGUGGAUACCACGAGGUCGUGCACGACCACUUCAACAACCCCCGCAAUGUGGGCACCCUGGACAAGGAGGACAAGAGCGUCGGGUCUGCCCUGGUCGGCAAGGCGUCCUGUGGUGAUGUGAUCAAGCUCCAGGUGAAGGUGGGCAAAGACGGCACCAUCGAGGAUGCCAAGUUCAAGACCUUCGGCUGUGGCUCAGCUAUCGCUAGCUCCUCCUAUGCCACUGAGAUGAUCAUCGGACAGAACAUCACGGAGGCGUCGAAGAUCAAGAAUACCGACAUCUCUUCGCACCUGAAGCUGCCGCCAGUAAAGAUCCACUGCUCGGUUCUGGCCGAGGAGGCUAUCCAGGCAGCCAUCGCCGACUACAAGACCAAGAACACCUCUGAGGCCUCUGCGCUGUGCGUUGGAGACGUGAACGUGCCCUGUAGCCUCCGGCGGGCGGCCUUGAUUUUCCCCGCAAGCCCGGAAAUCAUGUCUCUCAGCAUCCUCUCUCGUCGCGCUGCAGCUCCUCUCGUCGCGCCCCGCUUUGCCGUGGCUGCCCGGCGUGGAUACCACGAGGUCGUGCACGACCACUUCAACAACCCCCGCAAUGUGGGCACCCUGGACAAGGAGGACAAGAGCGUCGGGUCUGCCCUGGUCGGCAAGGCGUCCUGUGGUGAUGUGAUCAAGCUCCAGGUGAAGGUGGGCAAAGACGGCACCAUCGAGGAUGCCAAGUUCAAGACCUUCGGCUGUGGCUCAGCUAUCGCUAGCUCCUCCUAUGCCACGGAGAUGAUCAUCGGACAGAACAUCACGGAGGCGUCGAAGAUCAAGAAUACCGACAUCUCUUCGCACCUGAAGCUGCCGCCAGUAAAGAUCCACUGCUCUGUUCUGGCCGAGGAGGCUAUCCAGGCAGCCAUCGCCGACUACAAGACCAAGAACACCUCUGAGGAACCUCUCAGUGCAGAGCACUGGCACCACUGCGCUGACUUGGCAGAGGUCCGUGCGUCCUGGUGCGAAGAGCCUCACCCGCCUCCGACGCCGAAGAAGCCGUGUAAGUCCUCGGCACACGCUCCACCGGAUCCCUCGACCACACCUGCAUCCGAGGAGGAGGUGGAGGAGCUCCUCAGCUCGAGCAAGAUACUUCUCUUCAUGAAAGGCUCACCCGACUCUCCCCGUUGCCGCUUCUCCCGGGCGGCCGUGCAGAUUCUGCGAGAGCAUCGCGUCGACUUCGACCAUGUGGAUGUCCUCGAGCAGCCAUCACUCCGUCUGGCACUUCAGGCUCGUUGGCCAACCUUUCCUCAGUUGUACGCCGAAGGCGUCUUGCUAGGUGGUUCGGACCAGCUUCGCGAGCUGGCGCAGCAGGGCGACCUGCUGAUCCGUCGACGAGUUUCCUCGGAAGAUGGUGUGACAGGCAUCCGUGCGGCGGGCAGCAUGCUUGACGGAAAUGCGUUCUUGCGAGCUGCACACGGCACAAGCGGAUGGUGGGCCGCAGCAAGAGACGCGACAGAGGUCGCAAUUCCGGACGAUUGCACAGCUGGUGACGAAGAGUUCUACAGUCAAAACCAGGUCAAAACGAUGAGGAACGAAGGCCACUUGAUGAAGGUGUUGGAGACGAAGGGAGGCCAGAAGCAGGACUUCAGCAUCACGCUGUUUUCCAAGACUGGAAUUCUGCCAUUGGGCCUGACGGUGCAGUUCGCGAAAGAGGGCCUUGUGGUGGAAGGACUGCUCCUGGACGGUGUGGUGGAUAAGUUCAACAGGAACUCCGCGCAGUGGUCGACAAGGAUCCUCUGCGUCGGUGACGUCAUCACUGGCGUCAGCGAUCCCGGCAAGAUGGUCUCAGAGAUCGGAAGUAAGCACCUUUUCAAGUUGACCGUGCUUGGAGGCGCAAGCCAAGGUGAAAGUAACACGCAAGAUGCGCUUUACAGGCGCUUCCAACAAGUGCGUUUCCUGUUUCCUGGGACUGUGGCCGAGCUCGGAACGUUCGGCAUCCAGCCCGACCAGCCGUUGUGGUGCCAGACCACCGCCGUUGGGCCCCGCGCUGGUCGCGCUGUCAGUAGCGCUGACAUGGCUGCUCUGAUACCCGAUGGCACCUGCUCUCUUCUGCGGGUUGUGGACCUGGCCGGCUCGGAGAGGACGAAGAAGAGCAAAGUUGAGGGCCUUCGUCUCAAGGAGACGAAUGCCAUCAAUCGGAGCCUGCUGGCCUUGGGACGCUUGGUGCAGCAGCAUGUUCUCCACGUUACCGCAAGCCGAAGCCAUCCUCCGGCUGUAGAGUUAGGUCGGAUUCUACUCAGUAGGUGUCCGAGCCGAGGGAAUGUGGUCAAUGCUUUGGCUUUCCGGAAGCAGCAUGUCCCCAUCCGGGACAGCAAGCUCACGCUGAUGCUGUCUGAUUCCCUGGGGGGAAACUGCAAGACAGCAAUGCUCGUUUGCGUGGGCCCCUGUGCAUCACAUGCCGCUGAGACGCUGAGCAGCCUGGAGUUUGCUUCCAGGGCAAUGCACAUCGAAGCUCGGUCUCGAAGCUAG